UUCACAGUUGAAGCUGAUAGUGCUAUUUUGUUAUCUAGUAGAAAAGCGUAUGGCUAAGCAUGUGAUUAUGAAGUCCAUGUGACUCACAAAGACAUGAUCACUACAGAGAGAUCAAAGACGCUGGAGUUUCAGUAUCGGUUUGAGGAGUUGCGAUGACAUCACUUUUGCGUUGCUAUAUAGGAAAAGAUUGUGGGAGACUGUUCUGUGCAGCAGGUUUGUCAUGAAUUCUACCUCACUGUCUUGACUCUAGUUUGACAGUUGCUUUGACACUAGUGCCAGGGACAGUGUAUCAAAGGGUUGCAGGUUUCUCUCAUUCAGGUGACAUAUGCCAUUAUGGAGCAGAAGUGACAGUCCCUGAAUAUUAGUUUCAUCUCAGUAUAGAUGACCAUGCAGCCUGCAGUUCAGGUAUGGUUUGGGGAGGACCAACCUCUAAGUCCCAGGUGUCCCCUGACUCCCAGACAUGGACCAGGACUGACUGAUGUCUGUCAGUAUGACCAAUGGAUAGCUGUGAGGCAUGAAGCCACUCUCCUGCCUAUGCAAGAAGACCUCUCUAUUUGGUUAUCGGGCUUACUAGGUAUUGACAUUAAGGCAGAAAGAUUAUUGGAAGAGCUUGAUAAUGGAGUGCUGUUGUGUCAAUUAAUCAACGUUCUUCAAAAUAUGGUAAAAGAAUGCCACUCCGAAGAACCAGCGAAUUUUCCAAUGAGAAAAGUGCCUUGUAAGAAAGAUGCUGCGUCGGGUUCAUUCUUUGCCAGAGACAACACUGCAAACUUUCUUCACUGGUGUCGGCACAUCGGGGUUGACGAAACUUACCUCUUUGAGUCUGAAGGUUUAGUUUUACAUAAAGACCCCAGACAGGUGUACCUUUGUCUUCUUGAGAUUGGUCGAAUUGUGUCAAGAUAUGGAGUUGAGCCACCAGUACUGGUGAAACUUGAGAAAGAAAUUGAGUUGGAAGAGACCCUGCUUAAUGCCUCGGGGCUUGAAGAGUCCUUCAACAUCCCCAAAUCUUGCUGUCAGCAUGAAGAACUACACGAAGCUGUUAAGCACAUUGCUGAGGAUCCUCCUUGUAGUUGUUCUCAUCGAUUUUCUAUUGAAUAUUUAUCUGAAGGACGGUACCGGCUUGGGGAGAAAAUACUCUUUAUAAGGAUGCUUCAUGGGAAACACGUUAUGGUCCGUGUUGGCGGAGGCUGGGAUACUCUGCAAGGAUUUUUGCUGAAAUAUGAUCCCUGCCGAGUACUGCAGUUCGCUACACUGGAACAAAAGAUCUUAGCAUUUCAAAAAGGAGUUUCAAAUGAAAGUGUGCCAGAUUCACCUGCCGGAACUCCUCAGCCUCCAGAAAUGAACCCUUUGUCUGCAGUUGACAUGUUUCAGAAACAAAAUUUAAAACCUGACACACCAGUAAGUGUUCCAAAGAGCAAAGAAAAACAGGGGCGCCCACCAGGUGUGUUGCCUCCCACCCCAUCAGUAAAAGGCCAUCUGUCUUCCCUGUCCACCCGGUCUAAACUUCCGGACUCUCCAGCUUCAUUCUCCCAUCCCAGGGUCACAACUUUGAAGGGCAGAGCGAAAAAAGCGCAUGCCCCUCCCAGCAGUGUGUCUUCCUCGGCGUCUUUAACUCCAGUGGGCAGCAGCACUGCCCCGGCUUCAUCCAGUGCUGCGCAGUGUGCUUCUGAGUCAGUGAGAAAACGUGUCGCUUUCUCCAAGCCUGCUAAGACCAUGGCUGUGCCAGCCCACAAUUCCAGAGAUCCGUCUAAGUCUAGACUUUCACCAAGUAAGCCUUCUGGAAAAAUUGAACCAAAGCAUUUGAAACACAAUCAUCUUUCUUCCAGGGACGAGUCAAAGUGUCCAAAGCUACCUAAGGGAAACAUUCACGGGAGGCCUAACCCUUCUCCUUUCCAGUCCCCUGCAAAAGUGACCAAACCCACUUCCAAAACCAGAGCCAUAGGUCUAGGAACACAGUCUCAGCCACCCGAUAGAACUCUGAAAUCAAGGGCAGUCCCAGCACAAAGACUUCCCACACCUGUGUGUUCGGUGUCCUCUGCGAAAGCUACCAAGGAACCAAAAGGCGAGAAUAUAGUUUCAGUUGUCAAAAAGCAACCACAGAGUAAGGGUGCCAGCCAGAAGACAGGACCCGGCUCUCCUAAGUCUCCUGGCCGCACCCCACUGUCCAUUGUGAGCGUCCCCCAAUCUGCUGCCAAGACAGAAACUGGUUCAAAGUUAGCGCAGACUGCCAUGAAGGGCCAGUAUUCAGCUAAAGGGCCUCCUAAAAGUGGCAUGCCACCAGCUGCCACCAGGAAACCACCCUUAUCUGGUAAGGGAACAGUCAGUGGAGAUAAAAAACCAACUGCCAAGACAAAGGAAGAAGAUGACCAUUAUUUUGUUAUGACUGGAAGUAAGAAGCUUAAGAAAUAAGCACACUUGUGUCAUUUUAACAAACCAUUGUGGCCGAGCAGAAGGGGAAUCCGCCCCACCGGGAUCACAAACGGUCUUCCUAUGUGUGUUUGUCGGGAUAGCUGCAGCCAUGAGGUCAGGAUGGGGAUGAAGGCAGGGGACAGGGCUGCGUCGGGGAGAGGACUUACGUGUGUUUUGUAUACUAAUAGGCAAAUGCAUGAGUUUUGAUCUGUACUAUCUUGUUAAUGUCUGCUGUUUGAGGGGAAUGCAGAAGUCUAACAACACUAUUUGAACUGUAGCAAUACUCAGUGUAUCUUUGAAUAGGUAUUAACUAUGGAGAUUGUUUGCUAAUAGCAACUUGGAUGCUCUUAACACUAGUUACUCUGUCCAGUCAGGAAACAACGGUUUGCUUGGCAUUAGUGUGUGCCUGUAAUCUUAGCUCUGAAGGCCGAGGCAGGACGCCUGCCUGGAAUACAUAAUAAACCCCAGCAACGGUUUGACAUAAAAGGCACCUAAGUUAAGUUUCUGAUCAGGAAUCUUGGUCUAGCAGUCAUAAGGGCCAAUGGUUGCUGCUGCUUGGUUUGACAUUCUGGAUCAGAUGGAAUUCUUAUUAUUUAAUUCUUUUUAAUAUUUCCAUAUCAGAAGGAACUUUUUUAUUAAAAUUGGGAUUUUAUUAAUAUUAGUAGCAUUUUAUAGUCAAAAAUUUUGGUAAAAAAGAAAACUAAAUAAAUUAACUAUUGGAACAUAACCUGAGAUUUAGUAAAAGGUUAAGAUUUUUUUAAUAUAACAACCCACACUCUUUGUGUCUUACAUUUUAAAUGAAAUCUGAAGUAUGACAGGGAGAUUUAAUAGCUUUUAGCAUAUUAAAAUAUUUUAAAUGAAUAGAUAUUUCUUAUGUGUAUAGACAAGUAUUUUUACACUAAGAUGUGUUUUGAUACCUGAAUUAAGUUUUAACAAUAGGGAUUGGGGAAGUAGCUCAGUGGAUAAAGCACUUCUCGUGCAGGAUUGCAGAUUGGAGUUUAGAUCCCUAGCACCUCCAUAGAAACAGGUAGGCAUGAUGGUCUGCCUGUAGUCUCAGCAUUCAGGAGGAAGGGACAGGGUCUCCGGGGACACGCUGGCUGUCUAGACUAGCCAAACUGACAUGUUCCUGCUUGUUUAAGAGACACUGCCUCAUUAAAUAGAGUAGUAAAUGAUGAAGGAAGACACCCGAUGUCAACUUCUGUCUCUCCAUGUAUAUACACAUACAUAUGUACUUACACACAUGUACACGCACACACAUGAAUGAAUGAACAUUUGCACACUAGACACAUGCCAUCAUAUACAUGCAUGCAUGCACACCACAUGCAUUUGCACAUGCAUAAGAUUAAGAUGGUAUUAAAAGGGCCUUAGAGUGAUACUAUGCGUACAUUCUAUCAGGCAACUUAUAUUUCUUUUGGUAGCACACUAUCAGUUUUAAUUAGAGUCUCCAAAUUAUGUUAAUCUUCAUCAAUAAAGCCAUAUUGUAUUCAUUUUUCAGUGGCCAGCAGACAGUUGUGUGUGUGUGUGUGUGUGUGUGUGUGAUGCCAUCUGUUCUGUAGGCAGAUUCUCUUCAGGAACAUCCAGAUGAUGACAGCAUAAACUCCUUCCACCCACAGGGAUACUUGUAAAUAAUUUAUGUAUGGGUCUGUCACUAUUUAAAGUUUAUAAAUGUACUUUUGGAAGUUUUAAGUUACUUUAUGGCAUUACCAAUUGCCAUAAGUUUUAGAGGAAAACAGAUACAGUGGUGCAUGCUUGUAAUUUCAGUGCUUGGGAGAUAGAGGCAGGAGGAUCAGAAAGUUCAAGGUCAUCUCAACUGUGUGGUGGAGACAUGUCUCCAGGGGGAAAGAAUGGCAUUUGACUUCUCCAAUGUCCUCCAUUUUCUACCUCCUUCCCUCCUCUUUCUCUGUAUUUGCUUUGUGAUGCUGAGGAUCCCUUCUGGGACAUCUCACAUGCUAGAUGAGCAUGACCCCCACGCUUCAUCUCCAGCCCCUUCAAAUACGGUUCCUAAAGCAAAGCCAAAUGGUUUGCCAGGAGGUUCAAUCACCAGUGACUAAGCACCUUAGCCGGCUGCUGCCAUCUUAUAGAGGCACAGCAAGAGAACCUCAACCUCGUAUAAAAGUCAGUGGUCUUUACCCAGGGGCUAUGCUUGAAAAUCAAACAUCUCCUCAGGAUAGAUUACAACAGGAAGGACUCUGUUUGCCUCUCCUGUUUUGUGCGUUGACAAUGGAAAUAUUUACAUUUUUAAAAACCUCCAGUGUGUAAGAGUGUAGGGCAUUUCUAGUAAUCAGGAAUAUUUUUAUAGAGCUUAUUCCCUCAUCUAGAGGAUCAUAAACCAUUUGUAUAUCAGUAACUUUUGAGAAUUAAAAGAAAAUUGUAAAUGGUAUAGGCAGACCUAGCUUGUGACUCAGAAGAUUUUACAAUUUUAUAAACAUUAUCUUUGUGUUGGGUAAUCAAGAGUAAAGAUAUUCUCCAGGAACCUGGAACAAAUUCUAGAAUUAACUUUAGAUUUUUUUAUUUGGAAAAUAAACUAUAUUAGUCCAUCCUUCAGUAGAAGGGAAUUUCUCCAGCUGUAGUUAUAUAGGGUGAAUUUCUUUUUCUGUGUAGCAUGUCUUUCCCAAACAUAUGUCUUAUGUGAAUAAGAAAUUAAAUCCCAUGGGGCUUGAGGGAUGGCUCAGCAAUUAAGAACCCUUGCUGUUUUUGCAGAGCAUCUGAGUUUGAUUUCUAGCACCCACACAGUGAUUCACAACCAUCCAGAACUCCCAUAGUAUGGUAUCUAGUGCCCUCUUCUGGCAUCCACAGGUACUAGGCAUGUAUAGCUACAUAUACGUACAUGCAGAUAAAAUAUUCAUAUAUGCAAUAAAUAAACAACUAAAUCUAAAAAAAACUUUCCAUUCCUCACAAUUAAAAAAAACAAAUUCCUUUAAAUAUAUUUUUAAAUUUUCUAAAAAGCUGAUGAAUCUCUGCCACAAUUAAAAAAUUAUAUUUCAGCUAUAUUCAUUUCUUCUCAAUUAUAGUGUCACAUUACAUAAGGUCUUUUUAUCUUUAAUAUUUAAUAAAAUAAAUAUUAAGCAUAAAAUGCUGAAGCACCUGGAAGAUAUAAUUUGUAGUUUCUUUAAAAAUAGAAGGUUUUAUUUUUCUUUGCAAUGAUUUAUGAAUGUGUUAAUUAUAUAAAACUUAAGAGGAAAGUGAAAUGAUUAGUUUUACAUUGUCCCUCAAGUAAUCAAGUGACGUGUUUGAAUAGUGUCCCUUCAGAAUGCUUGGAGUAAUUAGUGACCUUGAAGUGUCGUCCAAAUUUUUUUUUAUUGUUUUGUUUUUCUGAGACAAGAUCUCCUUAUAGCUGUGGCUUGCUUGGCACUCUCUUUGUAGCCCAGGCUGGCCUUGGGCUCAUAGCAAUCCUUCUGCCUCAGCCUCCUGAGUGCUGGGUUUGCAGAUUUGAACCAUCAAGUUCUGCCUGAUUCUGUAGUUCUUAAUGGGUGAAGGAAUAGUUUGAAGAAAUUAAUUUCUUCUGCAAUCAUUUCAUAUCUGUCUAACUUAAAAUCUGUUACUUCCUUAAAAGGAGCUAAUAAAGCUUAUGAUGUACUUUUUUUUUCCUUUUCAAAAUUUCUAAUUAUGAUGUAUUCUUAUAUCCAACUCUAUAUGAGUUUGGAUUUGUGUACAUUCUGUUUUUGUGUGUGCUUGUUUGUGUGCCAGCAGUAUUUGUAUCCAAUUUAACUUAUUGUUUCUCAAGUAUUCAAAUAUAUACAUAAACCAUA